AGAGCUCUACAGGAAGGAAGGAAGGUGAGGAAGCCAAGCCGAAGCCCAGCUUUAGCAUUUGCAUUGUAUUGAACCACGUCGUUGUUGUUUUCAGGCACUUGGGCUCGCCAUCGCCCCCACCCUCUUCAUCCCCCUUGUUCUGCUCGGAUCGCUUGCUGCGCUCUUGCGUCGUGCAGCUACUCGGCUGCCGUUGCUGUGCAUCGGCGUGGGGAGCACGUCCCGGUAGUGGCGGAUUUUGAGCUCGUGUUCACCCUUUGCCUCGGUGGUUGAGAGCGGAGGAUUCGAAUUGGGUUGCAUGGGCUGCCUCUAUGUCUGAUGUGGUGCGCUUGAGUGAGGUUGCGGGAGUUUCUUCUAGACGUGUAGAUAGUGGGGUUUGGUUCGGGAGGUUUGGAGUGAGUCGCGAUUUAGAGGUGUGAGACGAGGUUUUUGUUCAAAUUAGGGUUUAGUGGAGGUUUAGGGGAGGACAGGUGUGGGUCGAUAUGGCUUCCAGGGAGAGUCUGAAGGUUUUGUGCAAGCAGUUGAAUGCGCGGCAGCGGCAUGUGCUGUGUCGAAGCUUGGGAUCGCUCGCAUUAUGUGGAAACGGGGCUGCUCAAGGGAUAGGCGAGGUGGAGAGGAAGGGUUUUAGGGUUCCUAUGCUGAGAGAUGUGAGGAGCGUGAGCAGUAGUGCGCAUUGCGCGCAAGCAUCGUCGCAGUUGGAUGCGCAACUUUCGUCUGUUGUAAUCCAAGCUGUCGGAAGUACGGCGCCGAAGGUACCUGGAUUUUCCAUGUCAUCUGGGUUUAAGCCCGUUGCGGCACCGGCUGAAUCGUCCGUUGCGAAUUUGGAUGCCAUCGGUUUAGCGCGAGAAAUGUCCAAUGCGCUCUCCCAUCAGAAGAUGGACGAAACCGUGCGGUUGUAUGAUGAGUGGGUCAAGUUGACAGAUGCAGCAGGGAAUCCUAACAGUCCGAAUAUUUUGGUUUACAACCUGCUGUUACAUGCCAAGCUCCGCCUAGGUGCUCACCCCGAUGUGCUGCAUCGAAUUGUGAGCGAAAUGGAGAGCGGAGGCGUAAUGCCAACUCAAUUGUCUUACAAUUUUCUUCUACGAUCUGUAUUCCGUCAAAGGGAUUCGAAAGCAGCUGAACUUAUUCUUGAGAAAAUGGAACGAGCUGGUCCAGAGGCGCAACCUGAUGGGGAUGCAUAUAACUUCGUUAUUGCUUUGUGUGCGCUUAAUCGAAGAAUACCAGCUGCGAUAAAGCACAUGCAGUCUAUGUAUGUGAGGAAUUUUGUGCCCAGCAAGACCACGUAUAAUGAAGUAUUGCUUGCUUGUGCUCGAACCCAUCGCUCCGCAAUAGCUGUUGCGGUAAUGAAGCAAAUGCAGACGCACCAAAUGGUACCACAAGUUCAGACGUUGGUAGAGCUAGUCAUAGCGGCAACAGAAGUUGAUGAUGCUGAGUGUGCUUUUACCUCUUUACAACACCUGAACAACCAAAGUGCAUCUAAGGUUGUUCAGCCUCUGGUAAUGGAUGAGGGGAGUAUUGCGGCUAUUCUUGGAACGGCCGCACGUACUGCUAAUGCUGCACUCGCUAAAGAGGCAUGGGAUCUUCUUAAAGUGUGUGUUGGGUCAGGUCGUACACCUCAUCCAGCUGCUUACAUGGCCUUGGUGCAUGCCUUGUCCACCUCUCAGCAGUUUGAUGCCGCGUUUUUAAUACUUUCCGAGAUGCAGAGUCUCUUUGGGGCCGCUCAAAAUGCAGAGGAAUUGGAGAUUUUGAGUCCUUUUUCGUCCUUGAGGCCUCUUGUGCUUUCACUGUCUCAGUUAGGCCCCGCAGGUCUUGACGGGGCUUACUUUAAAUUGGCGGAAAUGCAUGCCAGUGGACAGCCUGUACCUAUAGCGGCUAUAAACUGCGUGAUACUGGGCUGUGCAAAUAUUUGGGACGCUGACCGUGCAUAUCAGACUUUCGAAUCUAUUUCAAGCACCUUUGGACUGAGACCUGAUUCUCAUUCCAUUAACGCUCUUUUGGAAGCUUUCGGGAAGAACAAAAAGACAGCUGAGGCAGUAAAGUUGUUCGAGUACAUGAAGGAAUCUGGUAUUGCUCCCGAUCAGCGAUCUUUUGAGCUGAUGAUCACUGUUCAUGUUAUCAAUCGAGAUGUUGAAUCAGCUUCUGCUAUUCUCACCACAAUGAUGGAUGCUGGUCAUACCCCGUGCAGGGAAGUGCUGUACAAGUUGUGGAGGCGGUCUCGUAGAGAAGGUGACACGAAGACAGCCGAAUAUCUUCGGGGACUCUUCAAGAGUUGGGGAUACCGGGAUUGCCACGUGGGAGAGAACAGGCGCCGUCUCAUUACUACAACCGCAAAACAAACUGAAUUCGAUUCUCAAUCUCAACUACUUCAGGCUUGAUGGAAUGGCUCGAGAGAGAAAGACUUGAAGAGUGUUAGGUUUUUGGCCUUUUCUAAAACUGGAAUCACAGGUGUCGUAGAGUAUGAAAGUGUGGCUGUAGCCUACGAAGCUGCUAACAAAAGGAUAGACCUGGAGUCUUUUGGAUAGUGUUCUGAACCACUCUACGAAUCUAUUGGAAGUUUAGGCAUUGGUAUUGGGUUCCAUCAUUUCUAGUCGAAGGGGAAGAAAUUUUCCCUGGCAGUGGAAGCGCUUCCCAGCUUCAGUCAUGCACGAUUUGUGGUGUAACUUGUUACACGAAUGGAGCUGUGCACCGUUCUUAGUUACCAUUCAAUAUUGAUCUUCCCUGCAGACACAUGGGAGUGAUUUCUCAGGAGAUGAGUAUUCGUGAUUGUA